ACCAUUGCAAUGCCAACAAGAGUUGAGGGCAGACGUAUCGGUUUUUGAAAAGUGUGUGUUUUUGAAUUUUCAAAGUGACUUUUUGUGUUUUUGAAUGUGUGAUUUUGAAUAACUGAUGCUUUUGCAUCGCAGAUCAUCCUGACAUCGUUAAGUGGAAAGUGACAAACAAAUUACCAAAGGAAAUUACAAUUUCUUCCAAUCCACAUUACGAGUACAUUGUUGCUCUCACUGAUGAGAUAAAACACGUAACAGAGACAUAUGGAGACUGUAAUUGUGACGCUGACAUGAUUGAUAUGGAAAGACAUUAGUACAUGCUUGGUUUUGGUGGAAAAGGUUACGGUAGUAUAUCAAUGGUUAGUUUAGUUCAUAAUGAUUGAUACAGAAAGACAUUAGUCUGUAGGCGUAUUAGAAAAGGUAAGGUUAAACUUGGAAAUCUGACAAAGAUCCCAUUAAAGACCGGAAAGGUUAAACCAUGGAGGUAUGUGUCAAUAAUUGAUGCAAGAAAGAGUAAUAUCAUAAAGAAAGGAAAGGAUUAUGAUAUAAAAGUGAUUAACCUUGGAAAAUUGGAAGAGGUUAUUGAUACCAAAAACAUUAAAUGUUUCUAAAAAGCCAUUGAAAAAAAUGAAAAAAUGUGUUAAUAUAUCAAUGGUUAAACUUUAAAAGAAGCCGAUAACGAUAAUGUAACUACAUCGUGUAACUACAUAAAUACUAUAGUAAUUGAUAAUGAUUGAUACAAAAAACAUUAGUGGAUGCUAGUGAAGAGCCAAAACGAAGAAAAAGUUAAUCAAAUAUAUAAUGGUAUAAACGAUUCUGUAAAUUGGCGUGACUCGAAAUAAAAUGGGUUAACGAUGUAGAUAAUGCUUCUAGAGAAAUAGCCGAAUCAAAGUAUUACGAUAAAUGCUAUGACCUGCGGUUCAGAUGUAUUACGUAAUUCAAUGGAUAGUUAUCGGAUUGGAAAAUGGGAGAUCGAGAUUUGUGGAAUGGCGGAUGGAGUUGGUGAAAUCUGCAAGAGAUGCUGAGGAUGCUGAAGGGUAAUCUGCUAUUCGACCAAAAUGACGCGACGGAAAAGUGUGUGUUCAAAGUGGACUUUAAUUUUAUUAGUAGUUAUUAUAUGUCAGUUUGUUUAUUCAAGACCACAGGAGGUGACUUCGUCGUCACCGGCUAAUGAUGCACCAACAAACAAUGUACAAACCACAGAAUCAACAAGGAGCUCCAGUGAAAAGACUCCAGGAAACGCGACAAAAGAAGAAGUGACCACCAGCAGCGCUUCCAGGAAUGUCAAGACUAAAGGCGCUGGUAUUGGCGACUCCAUCAAGAUGGUUGCCAGCCAGUUGCUUGAAAAUCCUUCUAAUUCUUCAGGACCAGUACCCAUAGUACCUGACACCAGAAUACCCCCGAAACUUAAAAAUCAACUUGCACAAAAACAUAAAAUAAAAACAAGACAUGAAAAUGGAGAAGAACCCUUAGAAAAUGCACAUGUUGGUGUCGCUGUACCUGUCACAAUGGAAGAGUUGGAAUCUGAAAAUAAAGUAAAUGAACCAUCAAAUGAAUCAUCGACGUCUAAUGAAGGCAUUUCUACCUGGAUUCUAUUAAGUAACACUGCGAAUAAAGAAAAUAUUACAUCUACUACUGAGCCUACAAAAGCAGAUGAUAGUAUAAAGAAACAGAAACCACUGCCUUCUAAAAACAAAACGAAACGUCCUCAGGUCAACAAAGUGCCAGUAGUUAAACGUCCGAUUAUUGGCAGUACGAACAAAUCAGAUUUAGUUGCUGGAGGAUCAGCUAUAAACGAAAAUGUAUACAAUAAAAUUAAGGAUACUGUAUUAUCCAAUGUUCAGAAAAACAAAAGUACGACCACCCAACGCACCACAACGCCCUCAACCACCACUGUUGUUACAACCACAGAACCGCCUACAACGAAAAAAGAAGUUGUUACAAAGCCAACAGUGACUCUCCCCGUUGUCAAGGUUACCUCGAAACCGACAAAGAAGAAGAACAAAAAUAAGCACAAACUCACUACAACAGAAGCACCAGUUGUUAAUGAAUCUGCUUUAUUACCAAUGGAGCCAAAAGAACAAGAAAUUGAACUUGAAAUCAGCACCCCAGCAGCCACUACCAAGAAACCAAAACGCACGUCUACCAAGAAAAAGAAGACAAAGAAGCGUAAGACCACCAAACCUAAACCUGAAACUGGCACUGCAGUUAGUGAAGUUAAAACGAGCAAUAAAACAAAAUCUAGUAAGCCUUCAAAGAAACCAACAAUAACAGAUGUUACUGGCCCCAUCACCUCCCAAAUCUACAAUUACUUUUCCAGAGAAGUGAUGCCUUCUGUAGGAGUUGGAGUUAUUGGUUUAGCAAGUUUGGUUGGUAUAGCCAGCUACUUCCUGUAUCCUUUCGCAACACCGGUACGAAGGACUUUUGAAGUAGAUAAGAAAGAUGAUAUUUAUAAACACAAUGCUGAAGAAUACGCCAAUGAUGGCAACGGACAAGCUGAAGAAGAAAUGCUUGGGACAGUACUAGCUGGAAUGCCGGCACACUCAAAACAUAAGCUUAAUCCCUAUGCUGGCCAAACUACUCAUGUAAAUAGAAACCCAUACCCAGUGAAGAAAGACCAAGAUCUUAGAUAUCGCCACGUAUCAACAAGCAAUUAUGAGCCUAAUUACAAUGUGCGCUAUCCGCAACAAAAAACUGGAAUCGCACAUGGCGCUGUAUACUCUGAGCCGGUAAAUUAUAGCCCACAACAGCCACAAUAUGAGACACGAAAUGUAUAUACCACAGAAAGUAAAUACACAUACGAUAAGGGACCAACUGCUUAUACUCCAUCUUACCCAGCAGUAGAGCCCAUCUAUGCUGCACCUCAAACAGGACCCUCAGAAAUAUCAUCGUACGGAAGUGAUGCAUCUAACGCUGUCGUCUACGGGGUCAAACCGUCAUCGGAAUCAGAUUUCAAACCAGUGUAUCCCUUCGAAGGCCAAUAUUAUGGUGAACAUCAAACUACUAGCACUCCAAUGGCAUACGCACCAACAUCAAUGUAUCUCGGCUCCAAUAAUGAGGAACAACCUGAAGAUACUAAAUAUGAUGAAAAUACAAGUGAAGAUGAAGAUAGCGUAGACAAUAAGUUUGUGGUCGGUAAUGUUCCUAAAGAGCUGUCAGACUCAGUUACCCCCGCCGUCGUACCAGAGCAUGGACCAAGAAAUUUAAAUAGGAAAAAGAGAAGUCCGGUUUACCAAAAGCGUAGUAUCACGGGUUCCAUUGAGGAAAUCCUUAAAGCAGCGAAGGAGCAAAACAAGGAUGUGUUUCUUAGCAACGAAAUAGACGAAGCUCUAGGAUUAACAGUUAAAAAUGUACCAGUUCCAACUGAACAAAUCAAAGUGGAAACUGAAAACAAAACAGCUGAAAUAAAAGAAGAAAUCGUUCCUGUUUACGCAGUAUCUGUGGAUCCUACAGAAGAAACAAAAACUACAACAAAUGUACCCGUUACAACUGAAAAGAGCGAUUUCAUAGUUGAAAGUGUAUCCACUCUUCCGAUCAAUGGUAACAAACAAGAACCAACUACCGAAACUGAUAUGUCAAAUGAACUAGACGUCACGACUAAAACUUUUAAAGUAUACGAGGUAUUUUCGUCUAACAGUCCGGCGGACACAACUGAGCCAACCGGCACACACGAAGCAAAAACAGAGACAACCACAGCUAAGAGAAUAAUGACUGAGACUACGACUGAAUUUAAGUCAGAAACAACUUCAACUAUGCCAUCUACUUCACCUGUUUCAGAAACAAAAGGACCAGCACCAGUUCCCAGUACUUCAAGACCAAGACCAACUAUGUACCCAGAAGUUAUAACCUACCCUCCUCUUAAUCAGGAAGGGGGUAUUUUCACAUUUCUUAAACGACUCAUAGAAUUCAAAUACAGACUCGGACUGAGUAUUAUACAGAAUACGUCAGAAUCUCUAAAUAGGUAUUUAAGGAGUAUGGAAAAUGCGGCGCAGAGCGUAGCCAAUGCUUCUAAGACUUAAGUUUUUAGCAUUUAUUUAUAAUCAAAUACGCACAACGGUGAGUCUAAUAGAGAGGAGGAGCGAAAGACUUAAGAAGAAUCAUAAUAUGACGAAAAAUAUGAUUACAUACUUAACGCGCAUUUAAAACAUUAAAUACAAAUCUCUAAAUAAUAUGCGAUUAAGAAUGUAAUAUAUGGGCUAUAUAUAAGAAUAACUAAGUGGAAGUAGGUUCCUACUAAAAGUAGGUUAGGUACCGUACUUAAACAACGAUUUAUAGCCUACUACGUUAUUAAGGUUGUAAGAAAACAGGGAAAUAUGUAAGCUAAUAAAUAAUAAAUACUUUAGUAAUUAUAACAUAUAAAUUAUAAUUAUUAUUAUAAAUUCGGAGGCUGGGUUUAACUUAUUUUUUAAGCCCUACUGAAUUUGUAAUUUU